AUGGCAGCGCCAGCGGCAUCAGCAUCCUCUGUGUCAAGCUAUCUCCUUGCAACAGUUACUGCCUCCAUCCCUGCCAGUGGCGACUUUGAACACCAGAAGCAGGAUUACAUGGACAAUUUGAUGAAGCACGAACUGCUAUUGGGCCCCAAUGACAAUUUAAUGGGUGGUAGACGAGUUCUGUGGGAGGAGGGCAUACAAGGCCGCGCAUCGUCCAUCCUCGACAUCCUUAUUCCGCAGUCUAAACUAAAAAUUCAAGAUAUUCAUAACAUCAAGUAUGUCAAGAAGAAGUACAAUUGCAUCAUACACAGUUUAUCUGUAUUUCAAAAUCCACGGAGUAUCAAUGCGCAAUGGAGGCUCACCCAUGUCUUUAAUGGUCCACUGAAGAAGACGAAACGGAACCAGCAGGAAUCACAGAAUGAUACAGAGGAGGAGGGGGAGGGGGAGGGGGAUGCAGAGGGAGAUUUCAGUGUAGGCGAAGACAUGAUGGAGACCGAUGGCAGCUGGUUGCAAAAAUCAUAUCAGACUGGAGAAAAAUGUCCAAUCCUGGCUGUAAAGGUGUCGGAAGAGAAGAAUUGGGAGCGCCUCUUCAGAAGCAUCUACUAUGACAUGUGUAUCAAGGUCAAGUCUAAGACGGGCUUGCUGCCCUUCCAAGUUUUACCAGAACCGCGAUACUGGUCUUCAGAGUUUGCUAACAAUCCUGUACCAGACGCCAAUGAUUCCAGGAAACCUGAUCUAGUCCUUAUGGACUAUAGAUGGAGGAAGUACAGUAGGAAGGAGAAGUGUUGGGCGGAUGUUCUGACAGGAGUAGAGAUCACCAUCUCAGAACUGGCGGAGGGAAAGGGCAUACCAAUAUUCUUGGGGGUUGCAACCAAAGGCUACCCUAUGAUGCACGAACAGCUGUGGCGUCGGUUUGUUCUUCUUUUCAGUAUCGCGAACUUCAAGCUUUGUGCACAUUACUUGGACCGUUCUGGAAUGAUCAUCUCAGCACCCAUGCCAACUGGCCGAGAUGCUGUACGUUUCGCCAAUGUCUUAAACACAAUGACACUAGGAAGCCACUCUGCUCUUGGUCUCGAUCCCACCAUUCACACUUGCAGCACCAUUUGCUCCGAGUCCAUCACUCAUGCUAAUUUACCGGAGGGGGUUGAUUCCAUGCCAACUGGAGCGGUGGGUUGGGUUAUAGGUGAUGAAGGCGAGGUGUAUUGGAUUAUGGCGAUUCUGUGGAAAAGUUGUGGUCUUUUUUCACGCAGAACCGUUUGUUAUCGCGUCCAGGACAAGGAUGGACAGGAGUACACAUUGAAAGACUGUUGGGUAGACGCGGACAAACUCGAUCAAGAGUAUGGUAGAAAUGUCAACAGCACGUCAUACAUUUGUGAGCAUGUCAGCGAUUACCUCCCACCUCCACCAAUCUAUGUUGACAAGAUUCACCGUCGCAUGCUUUUGACUCCCUGCGGACUCCCGCUAACCAACUUCAAGUCUAUACCAGAGCUGAUCAAUGUUUUUCUUAACCUUGUUGUUGCCCACAAAACAAUGACGACACAGUGGAAGGUUCUUCAUGGCAAUCUCAGUCCCAACAACCUCAUCAUAUACGAGGGAAAAGGCUACUUUAUCGACUUCGACCACACCAAAUUCAUCCAAGUUGACAAUCAAGCAAACAAUUCGCGUGGAACAGGAACUAUACCAUACAUAUCCUACCACCUUCUCAAGCUCAUGGGAAAAUCUCCAAUGCCUGUCUCAAUCGAACACAAGGCCUCCGAUGACCUCAAGUCGCUCUUCUAUAUUCUCCUUGAAUUUAUGACUAUAUACGAUGGGCCUGGCGGCCAAAUCACAAAUGAUGGGGUGCCCCCCGAGAACUCCCGUAGAUGGCAUAAAGCCUACGUUAAGAUGGACAAAGAUGGUCUCAGGACUAGUGGAUCCCUCAAGAGAGAAUUUCUUAUGGACAUGGCUCUGCAUUACGAGCUUGCACCAUAUUUCCAAGCUUGCCGUCCCAUCCUCGAAGACUGGCGCUCAGCAAUUGGUCAUGCGAUAUAUUUUGAUAUGGACGUCUCUCACAACACAAUUAGCAAGAUCAUACAACGGGGGCUGGAUAACAUCAGCAACUUUCCGAGUCCUCAGAUUGAACCAUCGAUGCCAUCUACCAGUCUACCAGGUUCCUCAGCUUCUUCUUCAGCCGUGGUCCUGGAUCUGCAGCCUUGUCGUUCCAUCCGGAUAAAACACUCUGCACAUUCAUUGGUGCCAUCAGUUUCUUCGACAUUGUUCACACCUCCCCCCCCCCCCCCCACGCUCUCCGCCUGA